CAUUUCUAUUUUCUUUACAGGAGCAGUGAUCAGCGGGCUCCUUUACUUGUUUAAUUUUAUCCUUGAGCUACUUUCUUUACUGAAAAAAAAAGAUCUGAUUAGGUUAUCGUACAUUUUGCAUACUUAUCGUACAUACCAGACGCUGCGUGAAGGCUUAGGAUGACCCAUUGAGGAGGACAUCCCUAGAGCACCAGGAGGAAGACAAGGAUGUCACUGUAUGGGGAGAGUGCCAAGUCUCCCCUGGAGCACGUGUGGAGGCAGUUUGUGCCCCAAGGGUAUGACCAGGCUCUCCGCAAUGCCUUCUACAAUGUGGCUGCCAUUGUCUUUGUGGGCUGUGUGGCAGCUGCAGCAUGGUCUGUUUACAUGAUCUUUCAGCCAUUCGUGCAGCCUCUGCUAUGGGCAGUGCUGUGUGGGUCACUGCUGCACCCAGCCAAGCACACGUUCACUACCUGGACCAGUGAUUGGCUGGCUGAGGUCCAGUCAACUCAUGGCUUACUCUCUGUCUCAGUUGCUCUUCUUCCACUGCGAGUCAUCGACACUACAACAGAAAUUGUGGGCAGGUUUGUCGUGAGGCACGUGAAGGGUGUUGUGAUGGUCACAGUGAUCCUUCCGCUGCUCUACAUCAUCAUCCACCACACCCCCACUUUCCUCUCCAGCCUUGCCUACAGUGUCUUGUCCUGCCUUGCCACAGUCACCACUGCCAUUGUCAGCAUCAUCACCACCAAUGGCUAUAUUGCCCUUACACUGAUCACUGGUUACCUGGUGGCAGUGGCAUUCUUUUGGACAGACGGUUCAUCCCGGGUCCUGGGCCACCUGAGUGUUCCGGUGUGGCUGGUGGCGGCAGCUGGUGUGUCAGGGUUGUGGCCAGCAGGCAGUGUAGUGCUGUUCCUAGUGUUGGUUGCCCUGCUGCUGGCUGGUCUGUGUGUGGAGGUGUUGGAUGUGCACUCACACCUGAAGAGCCAGAGAGGGGAAAAUGUAUCGAUGUUAGAGGCAGCCUUAGUGGUGUGUCGAGGUGUUGGUGGAAGUGAGGAAGAAAAAAAAAAAGACCAACAGCAGCAGCAGAUUGAAACAACACCAUAUGUUCGAAUAGUGGAUAGUGAGGAUGAGAGUCAUCCUCCAACCCUCUCCCCUGUGGCCGAGGAAGAAGAGGGGACAGACGGGAAGCCCAGCCCAGCGUCCUCCCCUGAAUCUUCCCAGACCCCUCCCAAAUCAUCCGAGGACACACACAAGCCAGCCACAGGAGUGGAAGAGACAGAGGAGAAAGAGACUGCUGCUGCUCCCCCUUCAGCACCAUCCUCGGAGACACCUCGCCCCAAGGUCCUGCUGGGUGCUGGUGGUGCUAGUAUAUCACCUUCCACACCCCGCAGACAAAGGGGGGAGGAGAAUGGCAGCAAUAUUUACCUCAAGGGAGUGUUUGUGGGCUGCAUCCUGGUGGAGCUGUGGCGGCACAACUACCUGCUGCCACUGCUGCCCACUGCCAUGAUCUACUACGGCAUCAAGAAGCUCGCCUCCCGGUACCUGGCAUGGAGUGCAGUGAAUGGCAGUGUGGUAGCCAAUGUGGUGGGGGCGGUACGAGACAGGAUGGCAACCUUCCUCGGCCCCCGGCGCCCUGCACUGCUGCCAGCACCCAUAAGAGGGGUGGUCAAGUUACUGGUGCGCACAGACAGUCAGGCAGUGAAGAUCCUGGUGGCAGCAGUGGAUGCUCUGGUUACUCUCUUUCUCAUCCUCUCUGUCAUCUUCUUUGCUGUUACAGCAUCCAUCUACCUUGCUGUACAGAUCCAAGCUGAGAGCAUGGCACUGGUCAGCCUGGGGAGUCAGGUGAUCAACUCAACAAUAGUGAACAACCCACAGUUCCUGGCACUGCUACCAGAUGGUCUUGGGGAGGUGAUGACCAAUGCACUGGAUGAGGGUUACAUUUAUGGUCGGCAGUGGAUCGCCACCAUGCUGGUGGAGGGGGAAGGCGGCCACACCACCAUUAAUGCUUCUAAGGUGGUGCGAGGAAUGCUGGGGGAGACAGAUGAUGUGAAGGCAGCACAACUGGAAAAACAGGUGGUGGAGCUCUGGGACCGGGUGUACCAGGCAUGGGUGGCUGCUCACCCCCCCACACACACCACUGGGCCUGUGGUCACCUCCGAGGCUGUGGCCAUGAGCUUUGACUCACUCAUGGAGGGUCUGAAGCGCACACCAGGUGUGGUGAGCUUCUCCUUGGUGAGUGAAGUAGUCGGGGACAACCUAGGCACAGUGAUGAGUGUCUUGGAGUCUGUCUGGGGCUUGCUGCUUGGAAACCUGAGCCUGGCCCUGUCUGCCCUCACCGCUGCUGCCUCUCUGCUCCUCGGUGGAUCCCUCUCCAUCCUCAAUGCCCUCAUCAGUGUGGUGGUGUUCAUGUCAUCACUGUUCUACGUGUUGAGUGCCAGUGGACCAGUUUACAAGCCUGUUGACAUUAUGGUAAACCUGGCACCUGGGCAGAUGACACAUCUAGGAAAAGCAGUGGAGGAUGCAGUCAAUGGAGUGUUCAUUGCUUCACUCAAGAUGGGUGCUUUUUAUGGCAUGUGGACCUGGCUGCUCCACUCUCUCUUCAACACAAACAUUGUUUACAUACCUUCUGUGUUAGGGGCUGUGUUUGGUGCCGUGCCACUGGUGGGGACCUAUUGGGCAGCUUUCCCUGGGGCUCUGGAGCUGUUCUGGCACCGUGAGUCACCUUCGCUGGCGGCACUGUUGCUUGUGGCCCAGCUGCUGCCCAUGUCCUGUGUGGAUACUGCCAUCUAUUCAGACAUUAAGGGGGGCAGCCACCCAUACCUGACAGGCCUGGCUGUGGCUGGGGGAGUGUUCUACUGGGGUGUGGAGGGGGCCAUUCUGGGGCCACUCCUGCUCUGUAUCCUCAAGGUGGCAACAAACAUGUACUCGUCUCUCAUUCAGUCGCCUGCAGACCUCACCCGACGGUUUGCCAAACUACGGAGUCCACAGCUCGCUUGGUCUCUGCAAGGCUUGUAGUGACAUGCUUGGCCUGCUUCUGCUGUGAGGGUGCUGCUGGUACUGCUGGGGUGGAGAACUUCACGAGUUUUAAUGGUGUCAGAGCGAAGUGAGUGCAUCAUGAUAACCAAGUUGGGAGCCCCUGACCCUCUCCAUCCUUCUCCACCUCUUCUAAUUCUUCCCUCCUUCCUUCUUUCUACUUUAUUAUUUUCUCCUUAAUGUUUUUCUCAUUCUUCCUACAUUACUUCCUUCUUCCAUCCAUUUACUUACUCUUCCCAAUCUCCUCCUUUUCUUCGUACAUCAAAGUAAACUGUUAUGCUGUGCACAAGAUGUGCACAAGAAGUGCACUGCCACAGUUCCAAGCCUAGUAUACCAUGUUUGCACCAGGCCAGGCCAACCUAGCCCAACUCAACCCAGCCCAGCUCAGCCAAGUCCAGCCCAACCAGGAUCAUCUCAGCCAAGCUCAGUGCAGCCCUCCCAAAUCAAGUCAAGUCAAGCUGAGACCAAAGCACCCUUGCCUUACCCCGCCCUGCCCGCCCUGUCGUAGCACAGCAUGACACAGCACAACACAGCUUGGCUCUCUGGGGGUUGGCAUUUUAUGGUACUCCUGCCCUAUGUAUUCUUGCCAGCACAUUCUUGUGCAAACUGGAGCUUAAUCUCAUGAAUGCUUAGUGUUUUAAGGGACCGUAGUGCUCUGGUCCAGUAUAUUGACUCAUUGGAAUUUAUAAUGGGAUUGCUGCAUAAGCAGUUAUCGAUAUCGUAGUGAGGGAAAGAUACUAUGUGAUAAUGAUUUAUUAGUAAUGUAAGGCAUAUUUUAUCAUUGUCUUCAAGUAUGAUUUUUGAGAACAAAGCAAUUUGUCAUAUUUUCACUUACUCAGGUUUUCUAGUGAGGUAAAAAGUUGUGACAUUUAUAUUGUUUCAAAUUAGUUAUAUAAUGGACUCACAUCUCUCAAUGAGUGAGUUUUUCUUUUCUCACUUUAUUUCUUAAAUGCAGCUAAGAGAGAAUAUCAUAGUUUCUCUCAAGAUCAGUAAGGAAAGGGGGGGAAAUAUUAGUGUGGAUAAGUUAGAAGGCUACUAGUGUUAACAGGCUGGGGUGAGGGUCCUUGCUAUGCCACCAGAUCUCUGUGUGGCAUUAAACAGCUGAGCUUCACCCUGGAUGUGCAGCAUGCAGUGACAGGUGUUUCAAGUGUGUGUGUGUGUUUAUCUUGUUGACACAAGUUAAAAAGCUUUAAUGUUUAUCUCCCCAAAGGUUUGUGUUUCUCCAUGUUCAUGGACACUCAGUUUUGUUUUAUAUCAGUACAAGUGAUUCUGUGUGUGUGUGUGUGUGUGUGUGUGUGUUUGAACACGAGCAUAUGUAUAUGUGUGCGUGCAUGCUUCUGUUGAUCUGUCCAUGAGGUCAUUAAUUUUGAAUUGUAGAGGUAUCCCUUUCAAUCAGCAACAGCAGCUCUAAGAAAGUCAUUGUAAUGGUCAUUUUCAUUACCCUCAGCUGUUUAAUGAUAUUCAUUGUCUGUAGCUACUAAUAUCACUUUGUAGAUUUUACAUUGUACGCUUUGAAAGAUAAUCAGGGCUUUAGCUUUAAUUAUAUAAUUGCCAUUGUACUUAUACAGUGCUUGUAGAAAACAGUUGUUAUUAUAAGUUUUCAAAAAUUAUUCCCAAGUGCAUAAAGAAAAGUGGCCAUAGUUAAGCAGAAAUCAUAACCCUCCUUUUUCAAACUGAAAAGCACUAUUCAAGCUUCCAUUACUACUUAUUUGAAUAAUUAUUUUUAUAUCAAUGUUAUGCCUGCUACCUUAUAUACUGAUCGAUACUGUAGGCCUUGCUUCAAACUGUGUUAUUGUAUAGUCUAUUCGUUUAUCGUGGCGAAAAUGUACUUGCCCGUAGAGGUACCCUUUUUCCUCAGAAAGUUUGUUGCUAAUUGAUUGGUUGAAUAUAUGAUGUUUGAAUAACAUCAUUGUAUUUAAAAUAAGUAUCAGGUAAUGUGAACCAACACUUAUUUACUUAUUUAUUUACUCAAGAAGGGCACCUCUAUGAGCAAGUGCAAUUUUACUUCGAUAAAAAAAUAGACUGUUGUAUCUGUGAUGGAGGAGUGGUGGUGAGCAUGGUGAUGGCAUUGAUGUCAGUGUUAGCUGUUGAAAUAUAAAAUUCCCUGGUAGCACCUGCACAGUGAGUGAAGUGGGGAUUUUGGUAGUUAUUUGGUGGUGAUUGUAGAUGUAAAAGGGAUAAUAGCUUCUUUUGGUGGUUAAUGGGUUGAACAAGGGUGGAUUAACCAUUGACAGACCAGGUACUAGCCAAGGAGCCCCAUCUUUGAUGAGGCAUCACUUUUAUAUAUACUGUAAAAAUCAAAUCAGUUAAGAAGUAAGUAACAAUGAAAUGGUAUUUAGUUAGCCAACAUUUGUGACCAAAAUAAGUCCAAACUUCCAAACCACUUGAUUGUGCACAGAGCUUUUCAUUGUGUCUCAAUUUCUACAUAAUGGUAUUUUACUCGUUGAUUUGGUAUUAUUCUUAUUUUAAAUUGUUUGUAUAGAGUUGGGGAUUCCCUGUCUAAUUUGGCUUAGGGCUCUGUAAAAUUCAGCCCUUGUGUUAAGUGUAAAGGGAUUGUAAUGAAAGUAGUAUUGACUGUUUUCUGAUGACAAUUAAGUGAUGUUAAGGGUAAUGGUAGUGAUUCAAAGAUUUUCUUGCUGUUGAUGCCUAUUCUUGUGCAGUUGAUUAUGAUAUUGAUCAUAAUAUUUACAGAAUUGAAGUCAUUUUCAGCACAACCAUUACAAAGAACAAAACACAGCACAACCAAGUGGCAUGCCACAACACAACACUAAGGUGAUGAACCACAACACAGCCCAGUAAUGGACAGCACAAUACAUGCAGCAGUCCUAUCAACCAGCAAACCCAGUACACUUCAGUGGCUUGUCACACUGUUUUAUUAGGAUAUGGCACAACAUGGUGCAAAAACACACCAUUUACCAUAGCACUGUAACAAUUAUCAUCCACCACAGUAGCCCAACACAAAACUACUUUUGAUCACAAGACCACAGGACCUACCCACUGUAACAUACCACACAAUUACUAUCCAUUAGAACAGGACACAACACAGAGGUACCAUUCACAGCAACAGUACACGAUGUGCAGAGUUCACUGGCUUGACAACAACACAAAUGGCAGUACAGUCCACUGCUCUACCACAACAUAACAUGGUACUCUAUUAUUGUCCACAACACUACAACACAGCACAGUGUGGGCUAGUGCCAAAGCACUGUAAAAUAAUGUGGACAAGCACCAGGAUGCAAUGGCAAAGCAUCUAUGAAAACAUUUUAUGCUCUCUAGUGUUCCUCUUUUCUUUUGUUCUGUGACAUGCUACUUUAAUACAUAUGCCCCUGUCCCUUGCUCGUUUUCCUGAGGUGUCACAGCAUGCCUUGGUAUCCAAAGCAUGCUUACUGCUGGCAUUCAGCAUUCCUCCCUGCCUUAAGAGUAUUGGUUGCAACAGGCGCAUAGGCUCCACUAAAAGAUAGUGUGUUUGGGACAUGAGAAAACAUGUUUUCUAUAUACAGACCAAAACCAAUGCAUACUUCAUCUUAAGAAAAUUUAUAGCUAGUUCUUCACAAAGUUACUUUUAAUUUGUGAAGGUAGUUAAAUCAAAUUAACUUCAGAAAUUUAACAGGAUUUUUACUGCUAAAAUCUCAUCUAGAUGGGUACUUUCUAAUAAGUUUCUAUAGGGAUCAAAACUCGUAUUACACUUUUGCAUAUACAUAUUUAAAUAUAAUGUAGAGAGGAAAGUGAGGUUCUCUGAAACUAAUCAUGACAAUUAUCAAGUCAUCCCGUUUUCUGAUAAUCAUUUUGUGUUUGUUGUGCAGAUAUUUUUGUGUUUUUUGUGUAGCUACAUAGUGAAUUCCUGAACUUUGAUUGGACUAUUGUGAAUCCAUGGAAUCUGUUUUACAUUCUCAGCCAGACUUGCAUGGGUGUGUCCUGGUCAGGGUGGAAUAGUUGUCACCCAGCCAAACAUUUCUGCUCAUGCAUAUUGGUCUGUUAUUACUAAAAAAUAGUAUCUUUUUAAAAAUUGCCAUUCAAAUGAAUGGUAGCACAGCUAUUGUAUUGUCUUUAGUGAACUUGACAAAGGGAAAAGUUGGGAAAACUGUGUGUGUGUGUGUGUGUGUGUGUGUGUGUGUGUGUGUGUGAGAGAGAGAGAGAGAGAGAGAGAGAGAGAGAGAGAGAGAGAGAGAGAGAGAGAGAGAGAGAGAGAGAAGUUAUGUGUUGGAGGCAGCAAGAAGAAAACAAUAGAAAAAUUGGUGAGGCAGAAGUUAUGUUCUCGUCCAUUAUUUAAUGUAAUGUAUUUUUAAAAGUUAUGUAUAAGAGUUAACUUUUUAUCAGAAGAAUACUUUAUCACACUUGCAUAGGAAUAUGAAGUGAGAACUAGGUUGUUGAUGCUAAGAAAGCUGUUCAUAAUAUAAUGAAAUUAUUGUAAGAUUGUAGGUGAAAAGAUAAAGGGAAUAUACAUGUAUAGCUUCGUUUUGGUAAUAUUGUUUUAUCAGUAGAAUUUAAAGAAUGGAAACAUGAAGUACAUCUGAUUUGUGUGGUUAUUUAUUGUUAAAAAAAUGUACAAAAGAAAUGUAUUCAUGGAAGGUGCAUCAGUUGUUACAUUUUCUCACUAUAAAGUACAGAGAAUAGUGUUGUUGUAUGAAAUUGAAGAUGUGAUGGUAUUACUAAGUGAUCUGUUGUUAUUUAUUGAGAAGUUUAGUGGAUGAGAAGAACUUGGUCUUGUUCAUGCCAAAAAGGAUCAUCGAUAUCCUCCAUGUCUGUGUGAAGUGUGAGAGCGAGAGGGAGUGAAGAGAGACUACUACUUAAAGAAUCAUACCUUUUUUUAUUAUUUAUAGAGUUAGUGUGCAGCAGUAAGGGAGGUCCUAGUGUGAAGAGUUGAUAGCAGUGGUGCUUACUUUUACCUGCUACUGCUGCUAGUGUUGCUCCUGCUGUUACCGUUUCUGCUUCCACCUCUCUGCUGCGUCGUAUUUGAGGAGUAUUGUGCCUCAGCCAGCCACAAGUAGGUUAAAGUUUCUAGUGUACGUCAAGGGAGCACGUUGUUACAUUGACUUAGGAGAGAAUACAUUUAAGUGUUUCAUCUUGAGAGGCUUUAUAUAUUGUAACAUCAGGUAGUGUAGACCAAAUGCUUUUGCCAACAGUUUUGACUUUAUAUCAGUGCAAAAAAUUGUAACUAAAGUAAAGUUGCCAAAAAUCA